UAUGAAAUCGAUCAGUGGAUUACUGAAAACCAAGUCACCGUCGAUGGACGUUCAAUUCCGCGGCCCGUAUGGGAAUUUAGCGAAGCUUCAUUUCCUAACGAGCUUGUCGACCUGUUGUACGCCAAAUUCCAAAAACCAACCGUCAUCCAAUCAAUAUCGUGGCCAAUUGCAAUGAGUGGUCGUGACAUAAUUUCCAUCGCCAAAACUGGUUCCGGGAAAACAUUAGCGUUCAUGUUGCCUGGACUCAUCCACACUACCAAACAGGCACCACGAGGUCGUAAUGAGGGACCAUCGGUACUUGUGUUAUUGCCAACUAGAGAGCUCGCCCAGCAAGUGCAAGAGGUUUCGGUUGACUUCUGCACCGCCCUUGGAUUGAAAAUGACGUGUCUGUUUGGUGGUGCUUCUAAGGCACCCCAAGCUCGUGAUCUUGAACGUGGUGUUGAUGUAGCAGUCGCCACCCCAGGAAGAUUGUUAGAUUUUCUGGAUAAUAACACCACAAAUAUGAAGCGGUGCUCUUAUUUGGUUCUUGACGAAGCUGAUAGGAUGCUUGAUAUGGGUUUCGAACCCCAAAUUCGGAAGAUAAUAGGACAAAUUAGGCCUGAUCGUCAAACUCUCAUGUUCUCAGCUACAUGGCCAAAGGAAGUGCGUGCCCUUGCAUCGGACUUCCACAGAACAGACGCGCAGCAUUCCUCAAUGUCGGUUCCAUGGAACUGGCUGCAAAUCAUAACAUCACCCAAUUUGUAG